GCAGGUUCCGGCGGGUGCCCCGGGCCGCGCGGCGGGACCAUGGCGCGCAAGAAGGUUCGGCCGCGGCUGAUCGCGGAGCUGGCCCGCCGCGUGCGCGCCCUGCGGGAGCAGCGGGAGCAGCCGCGGGACUCGCAGCGCUACGCCCUGGACUACGAGACCCUGACGCGGCCGCACUCGGGCCGCCGCCUGCCCGUGCGCGCCUGGGCCGACGCGCGCCGCGAGAGCCGCCUGCUGCAGCUGCUCGGCUGCCUGCCGCGCUUCGGCCUGGGCCGCUUGGUCACGCGCAAGUCCUGGCUGUGGCAGCACGACGAGCCGUGCUACUGGAGGCUCACGCGCGUGCGGCCCGACUACACGGCGCAGAACUUGGACCACGGCAAGGCCUGGGGCGUCCUGACCUUCAAGGGGAAGACGGAAGGCGAGGAGCGCGAGAUUCCCCAGGCCAUGUACCACGACUGGCGGCUGGUGCCCAAGCACGAAGAGGCGGCCUUCGCGGCGUACGUGCCGGGGCCCGCGGACGCCCCGCGGUCCGUGCCCUACCCGCCGCUCCUGCGGGCCAUGAUUCUGGCCCAGCGGCGCAAGAGCGGGGACCCCAGCCUCGAGGAGCCAGUGCUGAACUUGGAGAGGGUCCAUGUGGACCCCUGGGACUACCCCGCCAGGCUGAAGGCGAAGGGACAGCCCAAGGGCACCCCUGUCUGAAUUCCCGGAACACGAGGGCAGGGCCAGAACACGCACUGCCCGCAGGCUUCCUCCGCCGCUCCCGCCCUUACUGUGGCCAGAAAUAAAGGCCAGCCGCAUC